AUGUCUUCAGCCCAGCUUCGCAAAGGCAUUCAGCCUACACUGUUGACACUGCCUGGAGAGAUUCGAAACCGCAUAUGUCAAUACGCACUGUCCUGCGAAAUGCUCAGACUUGCCCUGCCCGUGGUUGGAACGUCACCACCGUCUCCACUAUUGGACUCAAGGCUUGCGGUCCCAAGGCCCAUACUGAUCGAUGCUGCUGUACAGGAUCUGACCAAGGUCAUCGAGUUCAACCAAGUGAAGUUUGCUUGUCGCCAACUGUACGCCGAAACAGCUGGAGUCGAACUAAAAUACAACCAUCUUCUUAUCACUCGUCGCUGGAAUUUUGAGGACAGCGUUUGUGAACAAUUCCUCCAACUUGCAAAACAUGUCCAAGCGAAACUCCACUGGCUCGCUGCUUCGACGGUCCUACUUGCGGAUGUACGCCCACACAUUUUGACGGAGCUUAGGAAGGACAUUUCCAUCACUACCUACCCGAUAUCAGCCAAUAUGGUUACCAAAGUCGCGAGUUGGUGCAAGGACCAUCUAUCUGUCCAAGUUCACAUUGUGCUGCCAGGCUUCCGGCCUUCCAAUGGCGACAUGUUGGACCCUGUGAGCUUCACCGGCGAUCGAGAAUCUCUCCUUAUUACACUAGCUGACAUUCUUGUUGGAAAACACAUUAGAAUUAUACUACCCCCUGGAUCAAGGUCACGAUGCCCGGAGGCAGCCCGAGACUUCAUGACCUCCUGGGGGCUAUAG